CGGCAACUAUCGCGCGGAUCUCACCGCCCGGGCUCUUUUCUGCCGAUUCAUCGACCCAGCAAUUAUUAAUCACAACCAGCAUUGCGCUCUUUACAUGUCGCCGACGUUAUACAAGCUGUUCUGUCGCUGUGCCCUCUACCAUUGAGCUAUAACUACAAGUUUUAAACCAUCCUGCAGCUUCCACCAUGUGGUUCUUUGGCUCAUCAAAUAAUUCCAUUGCUGCACCAGCACCGGAGGUGACUUCUGUACAAAAGAGCGCUGAACCCGCUAGCAAACCCAAGCCAUGCUGCGUGUGCACAAAAGAGAAAUCGACGCGUGACGACUGCAUGCUCUUUUCCAAGUCCGAUGAUCCCGCCCAGACGGAAUGCAAGUCUCUGGUUGAAGAAUACAAGAGCUGUAUGGCUGGAUAUGGCUUCAAGGUUUAGAUUGGCCGAUUAUGUCCGACUCAGGAAAAGAAUGCCCCUAUUUGUUGUAUUAUAUACUGUAAUAUUUGUCGCAUAGCAUGGGAUGGUUAUGAAUACACCCCUCUCCGUUUGGCGUUUAUGGAUAGAAAUAUAUGUACAGUACGCA